AACGGCAACCGCUGCGGUAGUUGUGGGGAAUGAGAGAGCGAGAGGGGAAAAAAAAAAACAUUAUGCUCUACCCGUAGUGGAAAAUUACGCUUGUCCAAGCAGUAGCGGUGGGGUCACUUGGUUCAUCCGAGUGAAGGAAAAAAACCAACCUAUAAAAUUGAAGACGCAUCGACGAAUUCUAGAACAACCUACUUCUCCUGUCUGCUGCAGUGGAGAAUGAGAGAGAAUGAGCCAGCGAGAUACCCUGGUGCAUCUGUUUGCUGGAGGGUGUGGGGGCACAGUUGGUGCAAUAUUGACAUGCCCGCUGGAAGUGGUGAAAACAAGGCUGCAGUCUUCCUCUGUCACGCUGUACAUCUCCGAAGUGCAGCUUAGCACUGUGAAUGGGGCUAGUGUCAACCGAGUCUCUCCUGGACCUCUUCAUUGCCUGAAACUAAUACUGGAAAAAGAAGGCCCUCGUUCGCUUUUCAGGGGUUUGGGACCUAAUCUGGUGGGUGUGGCUCCUUCCAGAGCUAUAUACUUUGCUGCUUACUCCAGUUCAAAAGAGAAAUUGAAUGGUAUUUUUGAGCCAGAUUCAACCCAGGUGCACAUGGUUUCAGCUGGACUUGGAGGAUUUACUGCAAUCACAGCCACUAAUCCCAUCUGGCUAAUAAAGACUCGCUUACAGCUGGAUGCAAGAAACCGGGGUGAGACGAGAAUGAGCGCAUUUGAAUGUAUCAGAAAGGUUUAUCAGUCUGAUGGGAUCCGUGGUUUUUACAGGGGCAUGUCUGCUUCUUACGCAGGCAUCUCAGAGACUGUUAUUCAUUUUGUAAUUUAUGAAAGUAUUAAACGUAAGCUACUGGAAGCUAAGUCUGCUUCUGCCAUGGACGAUGAGGAAGAGUCUGUCAGGAAUGCUUCUGAUUUUGUUGGACUGAUGUUGGCUGCAGCCACCUCGAAAACCUGUGCUACUUCUCUAGCAUAUCCUCAUGAAGUAAUACGAACCAGACUACGAGAAGAGGGAACAAAAUACCGAUCUUUCUUCCAGACAUUAUCAAUGGUUAUAAAAGAGGAAGGCUACAGAGCGCUUUACCGUGGUCUUACCACGCAUUUGGUGAGACAGAUUCCAAACACAGCUAUUAUGAUGUCGACCUAUGAGCUUGUAGUUUACCUGCUUGAUGGAUAACAACCAGAAGUGUGACCCUGAACAAGUUUGGGAGACCAAAGGACUGGAGCGGACCAGGAAACGCCAAAUCUCAUUUGGUGCCAGGAUGGAAAAGAAACCAAUCGGAAGGACUGAAGCUACAGAUAAAGAAUGACAGACUGGUAAACGGUGAAGUCUUGCUGUGAAAAUGGAAAAAUGGUUAACCAGGGCUGUCAUACUGUGCAUCUGUCUUGCUGUCAAUGAGCUACUUUUAUAUAAAAAAAAGAGCCUGCUAACAGGAGAAUGCCUGCCUGUGGGACAAAAAAAAGCCAGCUUGCAAAGCUGUCAUGUUUCCUAUCGUGUUUAAAUAAGGAAUUAACACAAAAUUUAACAAGCGAUGGUUCCCUUUUUGUGAAAAAAAGAUAACAUUAUCGAAAGUGCCGGUUACAAAUGAGGGUCCAUAAAACUGUAUUUGAAAUACCAUAUCCUGCUUUUCUGGUAUGUUUUAAUAGUUUUAUUUUUUUUAAAUGAGAAACUAAUCCUUUUUUUUUUUUUUGUAAAUUUUUAAACUACAGAGCUCAGUAACCUGUUAUAUGCAAUGCAUGCAGGACUAUAGUACAUAGUCCUGUAUGUCUAAAGAAUGCAACUGAAGAGUUCAGAUCUGUGUGUACUGUGGACUGGAUAAUGGUUCAGAGAGACAUUUUUUUUAAAAACCAUAUUGUCCUCAAUUUGAAUGGAAAUCAAGCUUUGGUUUCUGGAGUAAUAAAUAGUGAUGCCAUCAGGCAUAGAGAAAGUUUCAAGUAUCCAGCUAACAAACUCUAACUCUCUGAUUUGCUGUCACAGCCCAUCAAACUUCAAAAGUGACUGUUAUACAUAAUAUGAAAGAUGGAAAAUAUUUGAUUCAAACAUUCCCCAUUUUUAAGGCGGCAUAAUCCCUUUUAGUGAGAAGUGUAAGCUGUACCGCUCCGAAUGGGUGAGUGGGGCUUCUGAAUUGAUGGAACUUGGCAUCAUUGGGGUUAAACUCAGUAGUAAGAAUUGGUAGAAUUAGCAAAACAGGAGUCCCUCAUGUUUUAAGGUUGGAGUACUGGAUUUAGGACAAGCCUUGAAUUAGUUUACAAACGUUUUGAUGUGAAAUCCAUUAAUACUGUAAUAUGCUAAUGCAAGUUGAAUAAAAGCCCCAGUGUUGUCAAGCAGAAGUACUGGAACCCCCUCUUAUUUCUUUGUUUUUCAAUGUGCAUGUGGCCUCUUACAUGGCUGUUCAUUGUGCAAUGUACUGUGUCCUACACAGUAGAACCGGUUUACUGGCAAGUCCUUCACUGCCAAAAUGUAUGAGAUCUAAUUCUGAGUUUCUUAAAUCUCUAUAUAGAGAAGAAAAGAGACAGACAGGACUUUACAGUGAUUGAAGUCCAUGUUGGCAGCUUUUCUUGUUUGCCUUUUAGUAUUAUGGGUCGUAUAUGUGGGACUUGUAGAGCAAGUGGCUCACUCCUCUAUCAUGUUAGCCUGUUAUACAGUAAUUAUGCUAAUUGUAUUCAUAAUUGAGGUGAACUGUAGUUGGCAUGACUAUUUCAAAAUUUUAUAAAGGUACAUUUUUAAAGUUUUUUUUUUUUUUGUUUUGUUUUUUUUUCUUUAAGCAGAUAUUUGCUAUCCUUUUUACUAGUCUUAUAUGCUGUGCUUGCAAUUCCUUUAAUCUAAUACUUCAGUUACAAAACCACAGAAUCCAAUAUUCUGCCCUUUCUGCAGCAUACUAAUUUGAGCAUUGUAGUCUCUCUGGUUAUGUAAUUUACAUAUUGGUCUAACUACUUAAAUGUGAGAGGUACAGGUGAAAAGCCAAGCUUUUAACACUUAACUAAAAAUACAUAUAUAUAUAUAUAUAUUUUUUUUUUUUCAAAAAAUCAUUACUUUUUUCUUUAACUGAACAUUUCUUAUAACUGUUUUUUUCUUCACCUUCACUACUGAUAGAAUGCCCAUAUACAAACAACCAGAAGUAUAAACUAUUAAUACCAGUAAAAGGGGAUAUACACAAUCCAAGCAGGUAAAGUAGACCAGUCUAUUUCUCCCCAUUAUAAACUGCAACCAUGCAUUUUAUGCAGGCGAUUCCUUAUGCACUUUGUGGCCUUUUUUGGUUUGUGAUAAUCUUGUUUUUCUGUGUUUGUCAUGGUCUCAAAAUAGUAUUGAGCAAGAGGUGUUAUUGCUAAAAUAAUUCCUUUUGAACAUAUUGUAUGGUUCAAUGUACUGAUUAGUGCAGGACAUUAUAUGGUGUUGCUUGCUUAGGUCCUUGCAAUAUACAGUAACUUGCAGUUAAAGUACUUUUUUAUGAGUGCAUUUGUUAUAAUAUCUAAUGUGUUUUGGAAACCAUUAGGCCUACAACAUGAUGCAAUGUAGAAUAAUGCAUUAGUUUUCUUAAUUAUUAUUUUUUUGAUUUAAUGACAUGCUGCCUUUGGUAACAUACUUUAUUAGGUGGUUUAUAUUGUGAUUUCUUUGUUCCUUGACCACCCUCUUACUUGUUCUAACAGUUUGUAAUUGAAAGCACUGUUCACCUCCUUUCUCCAUUAAUAUGUGUACAUUCACUGCUUAUAACUCUGGUAACCAGCCAAUUCAAUAUGAAGAACUGUCCGUUAGGGUGGCUGUGCUAACCUUUGUUGAAGUAGCUAACCAUUACUGGCAGUGGUUGAUCUGUCCAGCACGUCUACAUGCAAUUCUGAGUAGGAUUUAGUGACUGUCCAUAUCGGUGUUAAGAAAACUCCUCUAUGGGUGUUCCCAAACUUAAUCAAGAUUUGUGUGGUUUACUGCCUCUGAUGUUGUAGCCCAUGCAGCCAGCUGGACACUGGUGGUUGAAUCCAAUAGAACCAUCAAUAAGGUGUGGAUUAUAAUGGAGUAGUGAGUGUAUCCAUCCUUUUUAUAGUAAUUAGUUUACUAAAUGGUGAUGUCAGCUUUUAUGUUUUUUUAGAAUAAAGCAGUAGAUAACUGAUGCUACUACAGUAAUGGGUUUAAAUACGUUCUUUGGCCCAAAAUCCAGGACUGUUACUCAUUUUAUUAAAGAUCCCAGUUUAAUAUGCUCCUAGAAAUUAAUCAUUUAUUCAGUCAAAACUACAUUGAAGCUAAUUUUAGUAAGCUGUUGUGUUCCCUCCUACUGGGAAUGUAUUGGACUAAUUUCAGACCCAUUUUAUAUUCCUUUGUAACUGUAAACAGGGCAAGGCACUGAUCUGACAUCCGACUCUUGGCUGUUACCUGUAUGUUGCUCAAAUACUGUAUAUUGUAUACAUUUAAGACAAGGUCGAUGUACCUUAACUGUGGAAUAUGCACCCAGCCUUGAUUUGAGUGAUUUAUUCUUGGCCCUAUCCAAAAUAAAAAAUAAAAAAAAACUGAAUAUUGUAAAAA